GUUUGUGCUCUGGCCCUUAAAGUUUGUCUAACAACUUUAUAGGUUAAGACAUUUCAAGAGAAAGAUAACCUAGUAAAAAAAUGGGCGUGAACUAUCGUUGACAACUUAUUAUUGACAACUUAAUAUGAAACAUUAAGAAUAUGACGCUGAUUUAUUUUGAACAUAAUUAUUAUUGAAUUUUUGAGAAGAUCGAUUGUUGCUUUUAAAUGUAAUACAAGACAAGUAUGCUUCCAAAACUUGGCUUCUUAUUAUUGUUUAUAUGCAUAGCAUGUGUCUUGUUUGUUGUAUUCACGGAGAAAGAUUUACGAUCUCAGAAGAAAAAUAUAGUUUCUAGUCAAGCAACAAUCAAGGUAACUGGAAAAUCAUCAGGCAAUAUCAAACUCAUAUUUAAACCACUUUGCAAUGCUACUUUGCUGGCAUGGAUUGUCACAUCAUAUGCUGGUAAUCCUUCAGCUAGAAGUGCUUUACGACGAGCAUAUACAAAUGAAGAAUUACAAACUUUGGGAAUCAGAAGAGUAUUUCUACUCGGUAUGUUGGACAAUAAUACCGAGAGGAAGAGUCAUGUAUCACAGAAUGCAUUGUUAGAUGAAUCACGACGAUUCAAUGAUAUACUCCAAGGAGACUUUGUGGAUGCUUAUAGAAAUUUGACUUAUAAACAUCUAAUGGGUCUUCGAUGGGCAGUGAACAAUUGCAAACAUGUUCAAUAUAUCAUAAAGAUGGAUGAUGAUAUUGUUAUAAAUAUAUAUGAUAUAUUGGAUAAAUUACAUGAUAUAGUAGAUGAGAAUUCCUUAACUGGUUAUGCUUUAAAGAAUAUGAUUCCUGUGCGAGUAGUAGUUAACAAGUGGUAUGUAAAUGAAAUAGAAUAUGCAGAUAAUACUUAUCCAGAUUUUGUUUCUGGUUGGAUGUAUAUUGCACAUCCAAAAAUAGCAAGUCGGCUGAUUGAUUAUGCUGAGUCAUCUAAUAAAUAUUUCUGGAUAGAUGAUGUAUUUGUGACUGGUAUCUUAAGACAAGCUUUAAACAUUAAGAUUCAAGAUAUUAGUGAAUUAUAUACGACAGAUUAUAGAUAUUUGGAAUGUUGUAUGAAAGGAAGAAAGAGUUUGUUGAAAUGUGAAUUCUUGGUUGGUCCCAAUGGGGGAGAUAUAGAAAUGCAAGUAAAAUUCAAGAAAUUUGCCCAGUUCUGCCAUAUAAAUUGUUCUAUUCGUGCCAAGACUAAUCUUGUGAGUAAAACUUGCGUAACAGCUUAUAAAGAACCAAAUCUGCAUGAAGGUAUCGUCCAAAUAAAUAAUAUCAGCAUUUUAUAAAU